AUGAGUGAACCGACCAAAGAGACUAUUGAAGCUGAGAAGCAAAAGGUUAUCCGCUCUUUGGAAGAGGAUGAUGAGUUUGAAGACUUCCAAGCUGAGGAUUGGCAAGAUGCUCAAGCAAUGGGCGCCGAAUCAGAACACGCUCUCUGGGUAGAGGACUGGGAUGACAACGAUGUGGAUGAUAACUUCAGCAAAGAGUUGAAACAAGAAUUGGCCAAAGUGGCGGCUUCAAAGUAA